CUCACCGCACCAGAGCCGACCGUCUUUGCCAUGCCUUCCAUCUCAAUCCCCAUCCCCAAGGCACUGUCGAACGCUUAUAGGGUCAUCAGCUCGCCUUCACUCUCAUCGGCUUCCUCGUCGCCUUCAAAAGAGUCUUUCUUCGCCUCUUCAUCGUACUCUUCAACCACCUCAGUCGACAGCAAAGACCUGUACGUCCCCGUGCAUAAACGGAGUGGAAGCGACGCGCAUCAUGCAGCACGCCCACACAUCUACUCGCGCGAUGCCUUGCUUGCCUUGGCUGACACCACGACCACGCAGUUGCACGAGUCCAUUCGGAGCACUUUGCGAGAGACCUGUACAGAGAUUGUGAUGAACAGGAGGAUGAGGAAGUCAAUAGAAUAUAAGCGGAACCAUACGGUAGAUGCAGUGGAAGGGGAAAAGGAGCUCGUUGCUACUCCAUCACCGCAGCGGAGAGCAGGGGUGCUUUCGCCAUUCAGGAGGUCGCCAGCGCCGUCAGAGCUGGAAGACAGUAGGACUGGUGUCGUCACUGCUAUGCGGAAACCAGCGCAGGAACAAGAGAGGAGGAGCGGAGUUCCCUCGGCGUUGCGCAACCCAAAUGGAAGGAGGAGCAGGGCAGCCGGACGUGCUCCUGAGCGGCGGAAGAAUGCGCUCAUGGCCGCGUCGGAGGAAGUGAAUUGGAGGACGCGGUCUGGGCCACUACCAGUGCCUCAGGUAAUCGCUGUGUAGGAUGAAGGACAUUCCCUACCCGACUCCUAAAUAUACCAUAAUUUGUAACAUAACGCGUCCAUAGAAAUCACUACAUACCUCGC